UAGCAGCACAGAGGGGGCAGCUCUGUUUCCCCUCUCCACAGCACCCGAGGACAUUUUUUGGAUGUCCUGCCCCUCUGUCCAGCCACCCAAUGCCAGCACUUCCUCCAUCCUCUGUCUUGGGAAGAUCAGAAAUGAAGGUACACAUGCACACAAAAUUUUGCCUCAUUUGUUUGCUGACCUUUAUUUUCCAUCAGUGCAACCACUGCCAUGAGGAAGGGCAUGACCAUCAUAAUCACAACCAUAAUGAUUACCAGAUCUCAGAGGCACCAUAUCUUCAUGGUGGUAUAACAGAAUCUGAGGCAAGUAAGUUUUCAGUGCCGGAUGCUGAAAAUGAAAAAAAAUACUACAUUGAAAAACUUUUUGCUCGCUAUGGUGAAAACGGAAGACUGUCAUUUUUUGGUCUGGAGAAACUUUUAACAAGCUUGGGCCUUGGAGAGAUAAAAGUAGUUGAGAUUAAUCAUGAGGAUAUUGGUCACGAUCAUGUUUCUCACUUAGAUAUUUUAGCUGUUCAGGAAGGAAAACAUUUUCAUUCUCAUAACCAUCAACAUUCCCAUAAUCACUUAAAUUCAGAAAAUCAAACUGGGACUAGUGGAACAUCAAAAAAAACCCACAAAUGUGACCCAGAAAAAGACACAGCUGAAGCACCUGUAAAAUUUGAAAAUAAGCAUUCUCAUGACCAUAAUCACCACCCCCAUCACCACCAUCAUCUGCAUCCUCACCUUGACCAUAACACUACGCACCACUCUCAUAAUGAUUCCAUGACUCACAGUGAGCAUGGAGAGCCAAGCCAUGCUCCAUCAUCUGAGACUAACACAACUCAGGAGCAAGCUGAAGUUAAACUUCGGAAACCCAAGAAGAAAAAAAAAGGAAAGAAAGUUACUACACCUGAUUCUGCCCCUAACCACAAUCAGGGAGAACAGCAUGAGCAUAAUCGGGUCCACAAAUAUGAUCAUGUACACCUUCCGGAGCAUAAUGGCCACCAUGGUCACCAAGAUUCUGAUCCUCAUAAUGAAGAGCAUUGGCACCCUCGAAAGCGUGAAGCCCCUCACAAGCAGAACGAUGUGAAAAAAAAUGCAGUCUCUUCAGCACAUAGCCACAGGGAUCAUAGUCACAAUGAAGAGUGUUUGAAUGUUACCCAGUUAUUACGAUACUAUGGUCAUGGAGCCAACACUCCAAUUUCUCCUGAUCUCUUUACAUAUCUUUGUCCUGCGUUGUUGUAUCAAAUUGACAGCAGACUUUGUAUUGAACAUUUUGAUGAACUCCUGUUUGAAGAUAUGAACAAGGAUAAAAAUAUAAUUUCUGCAGAUAAAGCAAAUAUAGGUGCCUCAGCCUGGAUUUGUGGUAUCAUUUCUAUUACAGUUAUUAGUCUACUGUCACUGCUAGGUGUGAUCUUGGUUCCCAUAAUUAACCAAGGAUGCUUCAAAUUCCUUCUUACAUUCCUGGUUGCACUGGCUGUGGGAACAAUGAGUGGAGAUGCACUUCUUCAUCUGCUUCCACAUUCACAAGGGGGCCAUGACCACAGUCAUCGACAUGGACAUGGGCACGGGCACGGGCAUGGGCAUUCUCAUGGACAUGAAACAAAACAUCCAGAGUUUUUGGAAGAAUAUGAUGCCGUAUUGAAAGGACUUGUAGCUCUGGGAGGCAUUUAUCUGCUAUUCAUCAUUGAACACUGUAUAAGGAUGUUUAAGCAUUAUAAACAACAAAGGGGGAAACAAAAGUGGUUUAUGAAGCAGAAAGCAGAAGAGUCAGCUAUUGGAAGGAAGCUUUCGGACCACAAAUUAAAUAAUACCCCAGAUGCUGAUUGGCUUCAGCUCAAGCCCCUUGCAGGAACUGAUGAUUCAGUUGUGUCUGAAGAUCGACUUAAUGAAACUGAACUAACAGAGUUGGAAGGCCAGCCAGAAUCCCCUCCUAAGCACUAUGUUUGUAUAGAAGAAGAAAAAAUUAUGGACCAUUCUCAUGGUGAUGGUGUAAUUGCAGUUCAUGAGCAUGAUCUUCAUUGUGCGGCACAUAACAACCACGAGGAAAGCAAAACUGUGCUGAGGAAGCACAAUCAUCAGUGGCACCACAAACAUUCUCAUCAUUCACAUGGACCUUGCCAUUCUGGGUCAGAUCUAAAGGAAACUGGAAUAGCUAAUAUAGCCUGGAUGGUAAUCAUGGGGGAUGGCAUCCACAACUUCAGUGAUGGCUUAGCAAUAGGAGCAGCUUUUAGUGCUGGAUUGACUGGAGGCAUUAGUACUUCUAUUGCGGUUUUUUGCCAUGAACUUCCCCAUGAAUUAGGUGAUUUUGCAGUCCUCCUUAAAGCUGGUAUGACAGUAAAACAAGCUAUUGUGUACAACCUUCUCUCUGCCAUGAUGGCUUAUAUAGGUAUGCUUAUUGGCACAGCUGUGGGUCAAUAUGCCAAUAACAUCACCCUCUGGAUCUUUGCCAUUACUGCAGGCAUGUUUCUCUACGUAGCCUUGGUGGAUAUGCUUCCAGAAAUGCUGCAUGGUGAUGGUGACAAUGAAGAACAUGGCUAUUGUCCUGUGGGGCAAUUUAUCCUUCAGAAUUUUGGAUUACUUUUUGGGUUUGCCAUCAUGCUGGUGAUUGCCCUCUAUGAAGAUAAAAUUGUGUUUGACAUCCAGUUCUGACCAUUCCCAGUAAUCACUGUCGGCCACAAUGACAUUGCUAUAUGGCUUUGCACCUGCCCCAUUGUACUGUAUGCACAAUGCUCUCCCUGAGAAAG